CAGGACAGAUCCCGUUGUCCCUGGGGGGUUCCCAAGGGAGCAGGGGCUCACUCCCUGCUUUAACCUCUUGUUCCCAUCAGCUGCCAAGGAACCUCCAGCCCUUGUUCCUGCAGCACCGUGCAGGGUGAGCGCUCCCGAUCCCAGCAUGUCGGACAAAGGCAGCAGCAUGGACGGGAAGACGGACAUCGUGAAUGGGAGCUUGUCCAGCAGCCCCGAGGAGAUGUCGGCUGAGGAGGGUCGGGAAACCUCCUCUGGCAUCGAGGUGGAGGCCUCGGACCUGAGCCUGAGCCUCACGGGGGACGACGUGGGGGCCCCCCGCGCCAGGCUGGGCACGAGCCGGGACACGGAGCCCGAGAGCUCGGCCGAGGAGAAGGACUCGGACAGCAUGGACGACACCGGGCACUACUCCCUCACCGAGGAGAGCCGGGCCCUGGAGCGCUCGCCCUCGGAGGAGGAGGAGGAAGAGGAAGAAGAAGAAGAAGAGGAGGAAGAGGAAGAGGAAGAGCGAGCGCAGCGGCGAGCCCAGCGCAGGCGCCCCGACCGCGAGCAGGACUCGUCGGACGACGAGCAGGCGCUGGAGGCGUGGGUAUCGGCGGAGACGUCGGCGCUGCCGCGGCCGCGUUGGCGAGCGGUCCCGGCGCUGCGGCACCGGCAGCUUGGCUCCAGCGCCCGCUUCGUGCCCGAGGCCUGCGGCGCCCGCGUCUUCGUGCAGCGCUUCCGCCUGCAGCACGGCCUCGAGGCCCACACGGGCUGCGUCAACACCCUGCACUUUAACCAGCGCGGCACCUGGCUCGCCAGCGGCAGCGACGACCUCCGCGUCGUCGUCUGGGACUGGGUGAGGAGGAGGCCGGUGCUGGAGUUCGAGAGCGGCCACAAGAGCAACGUUUUCCAGGCCAAGUUCCUGCCCAACAGUGGUGACUCCACGCUGGCCAUGUGUGCCCGGGACGGGCAGGUCCGGGUGGCCGAGCUCUCAGCCACCCAGUGCUGCAAGAACACGAAGAGGGUGGCCCAGCACAAGGGAGCCUCACACAAGCUGGCCCUAGAACCGGAUUCUCCAUGCACUUUCCUAUCGGCAGGUGAAGAUGCUGUCGUCUUCACCAUCGACCUGAGACAAGACCGACCUGCCUCGAAACUGGUGGUGACCAAGGAGAAGGAGAAGAAGGUGGGUCUCUACACCAUCUACGUCAACCCAGCCAACACCUACCACUUCGCUGUGGGGGGCAGAGACCAGUUCAUCAGGAUUUACGACCAGAGGAAGAUAGAUGAGAACGCCAACAACUGCGUCCUCAAGAAGUUCUGCCCACACCACUUGGUGAACAGCGAGUCCAAAGCCAACAUCACCUGCCUGGUCUACAGCCACGACGGCUCCGAGCUCUUGGCCAGCUACAACGAUGAGGACAUUUACCUCUUCAACUCCUCCCACAGCGACGGGGCCGAGUACAUCAAGAGGUACAAGGGACACCGCAAUAACGCCACGGGUAAGGGCAAAA